AUGCCCGACCAUGUAAUCCACCGAUCUAUAUCAAGAACCUCCCCUGCCCAGGUUACACGUUCGCCCCGUGCUUCUCCUGAGUCAAUCGUUUCGUCUUGGCAGGCCCGAAUUUCAAAUUGGUGGAACCGUACUUCAGACUCCUUUGCUUCGUACUCGGAACUGCCCCAACAGCCCGAGCUUCUCAGUCAUCAAUUGGAUUCGGAGAGUGACGACUAUCUCGCCAUGGAAGCCCUGAGGCUAUCAAAGGCCCGAUGGCGUACCUAUUGGUUAGCAGCAGUACUCUGCUGCGGUGGUGCACUAUUCGGCUAUGAUUCAGGUGUCAUCGGCGGCGUUCUCACAUUCAAGUCCUUCCAGGACUCCUUUGAAUUCACAUCAGCCCAAAAAACGAGGGUGAGCUCCAUCGCCGUCGGCAUCCAACAAGCCGGCGCUCUAGCCGGGUGUUUCAUCAUCUGGCCCGUAACAAACCGAUACGGACGACGCAUCGCCAUGAUGCUCUGCUCGCUAGUCUUCUGUCUGGGCGUCAUCCUCGAAGUAAUCGACACGCACUCGCUCGCUGCAUUCUACGUCGGACGAGUAAUCUGCGGUCUGGGCAUCGGUGGUUCUGCAACUAUCAUCCCGAUUUACAUGUCCGAGAUGAGUCCCAAGGAAAUCCGCGGUCAACUCGGUAGUUGUUAUCAAUUAACCUACACGAUCGGCAUCCUGAUCUCCUACUGGAUCGACUACGGCGUCAAAGCCAUCCCCAACACUGCAAGACAAUGGCAACUACCCAUCGGAUUACAGCUCGUCCCAGGCGCACUAAUGGGAUUGGGAAUGUUCUCCCUCGACGAGAGCGUCCGCUGGCUCCUAGCACACGGCCAAACAACCUCAGCCUGGCGCAGUCUAGUCUGGAUCCGAGCCGGGUCCGGCCCCGCCGUACUCGAAGAAUUCAACGAAAUGCGCCGCGGCCUCGAAGAAGAGCGCCACGCGACAGCAGGUUUCCGCCCUCGCGAACUCCUCGAAUGGCCGAACUUGCACCGGCUGUUAAUCGGCGGAGGCCUCUUUCUCGCACAGCAGUCCACCGGCUCAACGGCGUUGGCCUACUUUGGCCCACAGUUCUUCUCGCUGCUUGUCGGGCCGGGAGAUAAGAAUCUCCUGUUAACGGGUAUCUUCGGCGCAAUCAAGGUCGUGGCUUGUCUUAUCUUUGUCGUUUUCAUGUCUGACCGGUUCGGCCGUCGCCCCUUACUGGCGAGCGGGGCUUCCUUUAUGGCUGUCUGCAUGUUAGCCACGGGCGCCGUGGUAAAACAGUACCCGCCCUCCGAUGGCGUCGUCACGUCUGCCGGUAUCGCCACCGUCGCUUUGAUAUACCUCGACAUCAUCGCGUAUAAUUUCAGUUGGGGUCCACUACCGUGGCCGUGCACGAGUGAGAUUUUCCCCACGCGUAUCCGCGAGCCGGGCGUUGCGUUUGGCGUUGGAUCGCAGUGGUUGUUUAAUUUUAUCUGGAGCUUUUCGACCCCGUAUAUCAUGGCUGGGAUUGGGUGGGCGACGUUUUUGCUGUUUGGGCUUUUGGAUAUUCUCAUCGUUGCGUUUACUUUCUUCUGUUUGAAGGAGACUGCUGGGAAAACGCUGGAGGAGAUUAAUGAGAUGUUUGAUGGGGUGGAUCCCGAUGCCGAGCGUGGGUGGAAGGGGGAUGCAAUGGAUACCGAGGCCGAGGGCCAUCCGAGCCAUACCGAUGAUGACCGGGGUCAGUACUUGGAUCGUGCUGAUCCUGCAAAGUCGGCUCCUGAUAAGGAUCGUGCGAUGCACGUUGAGUCUACCGCCGGACGGGCCUGA